AUGGGCUGGUCCAGUGAAAGUCGAUACCUGCUGCUACUGACUGAAAACUACGGAGCAUUGACAAUUCUACAACAAGAAAUCCUGAAGAAACAAAAAGCUAUCACCAUAUUUGGUAGCAGCUUCCCAAGUGAUCAGGAGUAUACACAAGUGUGUAGGAACAUCAACCGCAUUAAGGUGUGUAUGGAGACGGGCAACACUGUGGUUCUUCUUAACCUCGAGAACCUUUACGAGAGUCUGUACGAUGCUCUAAACCAGUAUUAUGUGGAGUUUGGAGGUGAGCGGUAUGUUGACUUGGGGCUUGGAACACACAGAGUCAAAUGCAGAGUCCACAAAGACUUCAAGCUGAUAGUGGUGGCAGAGAAGCAGAUUGUGUAUGACAAGUUUCCCAUACCUCUCAUCAACCGUCUAGAGAAACAUUUCCUGAAUGUGUCCACCAUGUUGACAGAAGAACAGUUGAAAUUAACACAGGAACUUGAGAAAUGGGCUAAAGACUUUGUCAAGACUCAGGUCUUUUCACAUGCUAGACAAAGAAAAGAUGAGUUUUCUGUGGGGGAUGUGUUUAUGGGUUACCAUGCUGACAGCUGUGCUGCUAUUGUGCUUCAUGUUUACCAACAACAUUAUUUGGAGGGACAAGUGUUCGACUCUGCUAAGAGAAUACUUAUGUGGUGUGCUACACCAGAUGCGGUGAUGAGAUUGUGCAAUACAGCCCUGGUCAGAGAUGAAGCUAUAUUAAACACGAUUUACUGGAAAGAACAACAACACCAGAGUCUGUCUGCAUACCUUUACCAGAAAAUCAGACAGGAGAGCAGAGACAGUCAUUUUGCACAGGUUACGACCCACUCCAAGCUGAUCACUAGUGUGGAUUUAGAAGAACUGUCUCACAAACUUGGGAUUCCAAAUGACAACAUGGUGUUACUGAACCUGCAAUCAUUUGAUACAGAACAACAGUUCUGUAGGCAAGUGAAAAUGUGCUUUGAGAGAAUAGAACAAGAGAUGUUAUUGAUAGUCCAAAGUGACUGUGGAGAUGAAAAUGCCAGCCUUGUGGCCUGUGCCAGAUACUGCAUUCAAGAUGAACUCCAGCAGCUUGGAAAUCGAAUCAUGGGGCGCCGACAUGCCAUUUUCAUUAUACAGCUACCAAGGAUAGCAGGGGGUUGUUUUAAUGGAUUCCAGUGUGGGCAUUGGCAUUCACUCCAUAUUGACGACCUUCGACCUGAGGGUGAUACUUUGGGGAUGUCAGAGAUGCGAGGAAAAUCAGUGGGAACGCUCAUACAUCAUGCUGUUCAGGAAACAGCUGGGCGACCAACUGAGGUUUUAAUGGAAACUGAUAUCCCAGAAGAGGAAGAUAACCAACAUGCUCAGAUGGAUGUGGAUGAGGAGGAUAUCCAUCUCAAUUUUAACAAUGUAGAAAGAUACCCUUCUAAUCCAACUCAUUCUCACAAACUGCCUGUGGAGAACCUGGUGCUGAGCUGUAUUCAAGCAGCUUUGGCAAUGGUGAAGGACACAAAGGAAGAUACAAAACGAUCAACAGACAGGGUCCAACAGCUGUUAGAUCUUCUACACUAUGGCAAAGCUAAUCUGGUGUCUAAUAACCUUGUGAAGGGCAUAUGUAAACAUCUAGACGUGUUGAUGAUGGAGAAAGAGAAAUCUGCUGUCAACCCCGCAAACUGGCUGGCAGCAGAGGCAGCCAAAGCUGAGGUUAUCAACACUGCAGGAACCUUCAGACGAGCAUGGACUCAGUGUUUGGAGACCAAGGUGACUCCUAUACUGAUGGGAAUCAUUGCCUUUAUGGAUACAAACAGGAACUUGGAAAGCCUAUAUAAAGCCAAGGAUGGAGACUGGGUCCAGCAACUGUGGCUUGGCAUCCUCAACAAUACCAAGGCCACAUGUCUACAGUACUCUCAGUUGGUAUCACCUGGCCAUACUCAACAGGAACUUCCAGAGGUGGUGGUCCAACAUACAGGAACAGAUGGUCACCUGUUUACUGCUCAGUUACCCUUCUCAUGGCUCUACUUUAGACUGAUAGAGGACUUGUUGAGCACUACAAUCAAUAAUAAACCAGACACAGACUGCCUUGAGGUAGUGAACUCCGUGAAGGAUAUUCUGGCCAGUCAGCCAUUGGGAAUCAUGCUGUAUCCUCUCAUGGACAGAGACAGACGAAGUGUCCUGAAGGCAUAUAUCAAUGACUUUGUCCACAUGAUGUACCCAGUGUCAUCUAAACAGGAACACCAGCUUAUAUGUGAGAGCGUGCACAUUGGAUCUGGUCUCAUUCUUCAGCACCAAACAGGUGAUGGGAUGGCUAUGUUGGUAGCUAUCCACCUGGCCUAUCUCCAGACCAUCAGCAGGUUCCGUAACUUCUCCAGUCUCAGUCGAGUGUGGCCUGAAUGUAGUGAGAGUAUCAUAGAUUUUCAGGACAGCAGUCCCAAUUUCUUCCUCUGCUCUAGUGAAGAAAUGACCUUAGAUGUAAUGGGCUUGCGUCUACUGCUUGAGAAAUUGGAACCAGAGAAGGAGACACUUAACAGAGUACAAAGCCGUGCAGAUUGGUUACAGAGGGUACGUCGCUACAGACCAGUUGUGGAGAGAUUGUUGGACAUGGUUCAUCCUGAACAUACUGUCCAAUGUGGACCUCGCUGUGUCAAGGGCAUUCAGGAAGCCAGACUGACCUGGACCAGUGUACUGGUCGUGAAGCUGUUUAUAGAACAUGUGUAUUCUGUACGGGAAGCUGAUGACAAAUUCACCAUCAAUAGAUGCAUGCCUUUGUGGACAAUGAUGAAAACUGGUGCUGACAUGAAAUCUUUAGAAUCUUUGAAAAAGGUUGAAAAAUUCUUGAAGAUGUGCAACAAAUUGGCAGUCUCUCACUACUUUGACAUCAAUAGAGAUGACAAGUGUGAACACUGUGAGAAUGAGAUGGAAGGACCACCUGUCUACCUGCCUUGUAAAGACAAGAUAUGUUCCCGCUGUUACCAUGAUAUAACGAUCAUCAAAGACUUAGUGUGUCCAGUUUGUCGGGCAGAAAUUCCUGCAAACUUGAAAGCAAAUGAAGACUUACACAAAAGUGACAACUGCACUCUGUCUCCUGUACUCCAGUGUGUUGAGGAUGUUUACCACCAAGAUGUUUCCAAAAGUGAGACACCAGAAAACAAGGAAGUACACAUGGCUACAAGAUUUUUGGAAAAUUCUCAGAACUAUAUUGCCAAAGAAGGCCUGGAUGUUGUUAAACUCUACACCCUGGCAGAGACACGGUUUGCACUGAGUGUGGUAGCCAAGUAUGUACAGAAAAUCUUUGUGGACAGAUCCAUCAAGAUGAAGAAAAAUCAUAAACAGAUGAUGAAAGCUGCAGCUAAACUUUGUGAAGAAUGUAACUUUGACUGGCCUUGCAUAUUCUUUAUCAAGCAGCUAUGUCGUUGCUAUGGACGGGACAGUUAUCAGACAGUGUUGAGGUCUGGAGAUGAGAACAUGCGUCGAUGGCUACAGUUGCUAAAUCUGGAUAGAGAGGAGGCACUGGAGUGUACAGACCUAUAUGUAGUAUGUGGGGAGCAGUACAUCACAUGUCGCGAGAUGGUCACUCAAUGUUUACUGGGACAGGAUCCUGCCAAUCUUUUACAACAGCUGGAGGAUUUGAGAAAUGAGGACUGGAAAAAGAGAGUGACUCUACUUUUGGCAGUGUACAGAGAAAUCACUAUGUCCAACGUUUACCCAGAAGACAAGAGGAAAACACAGCCACAGAUGUAUGAACAGCUCCUUGACGCCUUGUUGAGCCAUCCCUUAUUUCAAGCACAGGGAAACCUCCUGAAAGCUUUGUUUAGAAACACUAUCUGGCAACGAUGUCAACAUUUGAACAUCCAUCAAGGCAUGGCAUUGAAGGACCAGAGCAUUGCCUGUCUGCUUGUUCAUGCAGGAAUCACCUUCUUACAGAUUCCAGAUGACAAAAGUCUGCUUCAGCCUUUGAUAACACUGGCCCUCCUACCACAAAAUAUGGCGAGGUCCUUUUUACCCACAAUGCCCCAGGAUGAUAUGACACAAAUUAAGGAGGCUCUGUUAGCAGCCAGGGAUCAAACAGGUGCUGAAAAUCCUGUGAUUUAUCGUUGUCCUAAUGGUCAUCCAUACAUCAUUGGAAAUUGUGGACGACCAGCAACAAAGGGACAAUGUAAAGAUUGUGGAGCAGAUAUUGGAGGUCUAAGUUAUGUUCUCAGCCAAGGCAAUGUACUGGAUGAUGGGACUGACAGGACCAAACCAGGCCACAUUCUGGGACGAGCUGACCAAAGGACAGAUAUUAUUGUGGAUGAAAGAAAGAUGACUGCUGUCAGUUGUGCCAUACUGAGGUUCUUAACCCACAUCUCAAUGCUGCUUGGAACUAACGAAAAUCCUCAGGUGGUCUGCGACAUGAUCAAACCAGAUAUUCCGAAUAACUCCACAGUGCAAUUUCUUAUCAACCACAUCAAACUUGACAUUGCCAGUCUUCAACGAGUCACUGGACGAAGCGUUGAUGAAGUGCUGCUGUUGAUGCACAGGGUCCUGUCUAGUGUCACACAGACCUACAACAAUGGAGGAGCACAGAAAGCAGAAAUAUGUAACCUGGUUACCAAGGAGGCCAGGAACCAGUGGGAGGACUUGUUUUGUAAACAUUGUCUCUCACCAUUGUUACAGGACAUGGAGAGCACAAUAAAAUCAUGCAACUCCCAACUGAAACAAGACAAGAGACUUGGAUCAAACCCCCUCUUGUGCCUCCUGUAUGAGAUCGACACACCAAAGGACCAGGUGUCUGCUGUAGCCCUUCAUCAGGUUGCAUCAGUGUGGAGGUAUCGAUCCCGCAUCUCCAUGGAUCACCUGACCACAGUCUUCCAUACUAAGAUGGGAAAAGAACACAAAAUUCUCAAACUAUUUUUACAAGAGGAUUACCACUUACGAGCAAUCCGUCUGGUCCCAAGUAUUCUGCGGCUCCAAAGAAUGUUGAUCCACAAAUACCAGAGGAAGCUGGACAGGGCAGAGGCCACAGCCUUCACUGUAGAACACACUCAGAUGGACUUCAUACAAGAUUUUCACAAUGAAGAGGAACAUGUUAAUAUAUAUAUCCCAAUAUAUUUGACUGAUUGUACACUUCUUUUUUCAGCUUGUCCAAUAUUUCCUGGUAUUGCCAGGGUCUCUAAGGAGUUCUGUUCCAAACAGAUAACAGACAACACACCAAUCUCUAUGUUGUUACCAACCAAGAGAGACGCUGGUCUCUGUUCCUAUGUACUUGUAUACUUCCUCUUGAAGAAACAGAAAAGUUUUCUAGAAGAUUACUGCAAGGCCAAAAGACAAAGUGUGUCAGACUUACCAAAGGUUAAAGUUCAUGACCUGAGUCCUGCCCAUCUGAUAAGCUACCAUCCUGACAGAGACAUUCUGCCAAUUGUCCUUGCUAACUGCAACUACUCAUUUGAGGUUGGCAAAGGUACCAAGAUUGAAUAUGACUUUGGAAAUAUAGAAAGGCAACUAGGCGACAGAUUUUUAUUUGCGAAAUCGGACAUUGACAUAGAUGAGAUUGAAGUGAUGACCUACAGGUCAGAUGUCACCAAUGCAGUUGUCUUCAAAACCUUACGAGAGAAAAUACCACAGCUUGUCCUGCCGGUAAGUCCUAAGUCCAGGGCUGUAUGUCAGUGUCAACAUGUCCAGUGUCUGUGGCUGACUCUGGCUCAGGAGAAGACAAAGCGUCUGGCGAAACAUAAGAAGGAUGUGUUUGACAGCCUUGGUGAAGAGUUCAGAAAGGAGUUGUCAGAUCAACAAAGACAGAGUCUACAAUAUUUCUGUGAUGGACUCCAGGCAGAUAAAGUGGACUUCCUCAUGGAAUUUCUCUUUGAGUGUAUAAUGUUGAUGAUAGCCAUCCCACAGAAUCAAGAUGAUGAGGACUAUAUUGAUAUACUUGGACAAAGCCUUCAAGACAAUCUGCAAGGUUAUCUGUACAGUCCCAUGUAUGAUGAGGAACCUAUUCUCCCUGACUGGAUGGCAGAGGUCAUCACAAGACUGGAUAUAGACAAUGGAGAGAAACUUCUCGUGUCACAGUGUGUUGAUGUGUGGCUUUUCUUGUUCAAUGCUCUCCACAUCAAGGAGACAGAGAGGAGAUUCUAAGUAUUUCUGGUAUUACAAAGUGUUGACCUCUACUUGUUUAUAACAUAAAGACUUAUUUCUUGAUUGAUUGACACAUUAACUGAUAUGACUAAGAGAAAUGGAGAGUUUUGUUUCCUGUCCAGAGACACAGUGUACCUAUAAAUGACACUGUACACAUCGUAUUAUAUGUUAUAGAUACAGACUUUGUAUUGUCAUUGUUAUGUGUUAGGAAACGAUGAUUGAUGAUGAUGAUGAUGAUGAUGAUGAUGAUGAUGAUGAUGAUGAUGAUGAUGAUGGUGGUGGUGGUGGUGACGAUGGUGAUCAUCAAUCAUAUUUUAUUCUGUGAGUUCUGUAUAAAAGUGUCUGUAAUUAGCCUUACACUUUUAUCAGGACAAAUAUAAACCUUUAUCAUUGAUAUAGUUAUUUGCCUGUAAUUUUAUACAAUAUGAUAGACUUCCUUUUGAUGACAAUCGUAAUUUAAUAUAAUUUCAACAUCAGUGUAUUUGCCCUUAGAUUUGUUACAUAAUGAUUGUGGAUAUUUGCCUGUACUUUUGUUAAAUAAUGAUAGUGGAUAUUUGCCUGUACUUUUGUUACAUAAUGACAGUGGAUAUUUGCCUGUACUUUUGUUAAAUAAUGAUAGUGGAUAAUUGCCUGUACUUUUGUUAAAUAGUGAUAGUGGAUAUUUGCCUGUACUUUUGUUACAUAAUGAUAGUGGAUAUUUGCCUGUACUUUUGUUAAAUAAUGAUAGUUGAUAGUUGUAGUUUGGUUCUACUAUGUAUUUUGAUAUAAAUUUGUAUUAUAGCUAGGUCUAUUUUUAUAGCAUCAGUAGUAUAUGUUGUAGUAGCAGAUUAUCUCAUUAUUAACAAGACAUGUAACAGCUUUGCUGUCAUGUUAAAAUGAGAUAUGCUACAAGAAGCUAUAAAGCCAUGCUUGUUUUUGACGUUCAAAGUGUAUUUGGCUUUUGUAGAAAUUUUGACCAGCUUAUUGUUACCUUUACAUUCUGUAAUCUGAUAAGAUUGCAUGGUCCUACUUAUCUGUGAAGUGUAUAUUCAUAAAUAUAUCAGUAAUAUCUUUUGCAUUAUCAUACAAAGGAACUUUAUCAAUACUAAGGGAGACAAUCUUGCAUAACUAUAAUCUACCUGUCUAUUGUAUUGUACUACACAUGAAAUACUAAGGGAGACAACCUUACAUAACUAUAACCUACCUGUCUAUUGUAUUGUACUACACAUGAAAUACUAAGGGAGACAACCUUACAUAACUAUAACCUACCUUUCUAUUGUAUUGUACUACACAUGAAAUACUAAGGGAGACUACCUUACAUAACUAUAACCUACCUUUCUAUUGUAUUGUACUACACAUGAAAUACUAAGGGAGACAACCUUACAUAACUAUAACCUACCUGUCUAUUGUAUUGUACAACACAUGAAAUACUAAGGGAGACUACCUUACAUAACUAUAACCUACCUGUCUAUUGUAUUGUACUACACAUGAAAUACUAAGGGAGAUAACCUUACAUAACUAUAACCUACCUGUCUAUUGUAUUGUACUACACAUGAAAUACCAAGGGAGACUACCUUACAUAACUAUAACCUACCUGUCUAUUGUAUUGUACUACACAUGAAAUACCGAGGGAGACAACCUUACAUAACUAUAACCUACCUGUCUAUUGUAUUGUACUACACAUGAAAUACCGAGGGAGACAACCUUACAUAACUAUAACCUACCUGUCUAUUGCAUUGUACUACACAUGAAAUACUAAGGGAGACAACCUUACAUAACUAUAACCUACCUGUCUAUUGUAUUGUACAACACAUGAAAUACUAAGGGAGACAACCUUACAUAACUAUAACCUACCUGUCUAUUGUAUUGUACUACACAUGAAAUACUAAGGGAGACUACCUUACAUAACUAUAACCUACCUGUCUAUUGUAUUGUACUACACAUGAAAUACUAAGGGAGACAACCUUACAUAACUAUAACCUAACUGUCUAUUGUAUUGUACUACACAUGAAAUACUAAGGGAGACAACCUUACAUAACUAUAACCUACCUGUCUAUUGUAUUGUACUACACAUGAAAUACUAAGGGAGACAACCUUACAUAACUAUAACCUACCUGUCUAUUGUAUUGUACUACACAUGAAAUACUAAGGGAGACUACCUUACAUAACUUUAACCUACCUGUCUAUUGUAUUGUACUACACAUGAAAUACUAAGGGAGACAACCUUACAUAACUAUAACCUACCUGUCUAUUGUAUUGUACUACACAUGAAAUACUAAGGGAGACAACCUUACAUAACUAUAACCUACCUGUCUAUUGUAUUGUACUACACAUGAAAUACUAAGGGAGACUACCUUACAUAACUAUAACCUACCUGUCUAUUGUAUUGUACUACACAUGAAAUACUAAGGGAGACAACCUUACAUAACUAUAACCUACCUUUCUAUUGUAUUGUACUACACAUGAAAUACUAAGGGAGACUACCUUACAUAACUAUAACCUACCUGUCUUUUGUAUUCUACUACACAUGAAAUACUAAGGGAGACAACCUUACAUAACUAUAACCUACCUGUCUUUUGUAUUGUACUACACAUGAAAUACUAAGGGAGACAACCUUACAUAACUAUAACCUACCUGUCUAUUGUAUUGUACUACACGUGAAAUACUAAGGGAGACAACCUUACAUAACUAUAACCUACCUGUCUAUUGUAUUGUACUACACGUGAAAUACUAAGGGAGACUACCUUACAUAACUAUAACCUACCUGUCUAUUGUAUUGUAUUGUACUACACAUGAAAUACUAAGGGAGACUACCUUACAUAACUAUAACCUAAAUGUCUAUUGUAUUGUACUACACAUGAAAUACUAAGGGAGACUACCUUACAUAACUAUAACCUACCUGUCUAUUGUAUUGUACUACACAUGAAAUUUCAUGUUCCUCUAUGAUCUCUUGUUUAAGUUAUAUAUAUAUACAACAUAUGUGAUGUACACAAGACAUUAUAAGAUAAACAUGUCUACAUAUAAAACAUUCACAAUCAUGCAGCUAUAUUUUUAACUUAGUUCAGCAUUUUAAUAUGAUUUAUUGAUGUGCUUUGAUUGGUCAAUAGUUAUGUUGACAUAGUAAGUGGGUAGCCAAUCAACAUUUUGAAAGAGGAAAAAUUAGGAUAUUUAUUUUUUAUAGUUUACUAGGGGUAUUGAUAGGAGUUCAAAGACAGUUAUAUCAAUAUUUAGGCAGUAAGUCUGGUAAUAAGCCCAUCCUAUUUACUGCUGCAAAGGAUGAUAACCAACAAAUGCUGUUUUAUUGUCCUGUAAUAAACCUUGACUCCUGAUCUUGAGAUAAAGACAAUGUGAUGGACCCAUUACAGAAGAUACUAUUUUAAAGUCCAAUAACCCUGGAACAUUAGCUAUAUAUUUCAAAGAUUUAUAAAAUAUGAGCUGUAACAAUAACAGUGGUACAAAGUCUAUUGAGCUUAGUCUAUAUUUACUUUGUUAUGCCCAUGAUAUGUACUUUACAUAUGUCCUUGGUGUAAUUUGGAUGAUUCUAUUUACUGGACAGCUAGACUUGUACUCUAGACAUAUCCUGUAUUAUAAAUCCUGAAUAUUUCUUUAUCACUUGUAUAUACUGUACAGGAUUACAAAACGUUCAAGUUUCUCAUCUUGUAAAACACUGAAUUUAAAUUGAAUUGAAGUUUCGAUUGUGUGUUCUAUUUGUUUUUGCAGAAAUUACAAUUGCUAAUUUACAAUGAUAUCCAUGUGCUUUUUAUAGCGAUUUGUUACAGAGACUAAUAACUAGCAUUAUAGUAAAUGAUUUCUUCUACUGUAUUUUGUUUGACUUUUCAGUUUUACUAGAGGUGGAAGUAGUCACACUGUAUGAUGUACCAUGAUUUAAGUGAAAAUAUGUCACAUGAGAGCUUACAAGUAUUUUUUGCUAACUUUUCUUUUUUUUUCUAACUUUCUGUUAAUAUUGUGUGUUUAUCCUAUAUUGACUUUGUUAUGAUGAAAAGUCUUCACACUGGUACUGUGGAGUCCAAUUCUGUCACACCCAGUGAUAUAUUGGAGGAGUACAUGAAGUUUAGGUUGUUGAGUUUUACAGGUCCUCAUCAUAGUUUGGUCUUCAGUUGCCCAGUGAUGUUUUAACUAGUUGUUUGUAAUUCACCUUGAUCAGUGCCCUACUUUUUUUUUCCAUCUUCUGCAACUUUUGUUGAAGUCUCACCAAUAGAAAUUUCAUCUAACGCUAACAUUCCAUAUGAGUCCUGGGCUGGAAUGUAACUAAUCCUACCCAUCAGCUGGUGUAACGUUAUGGUGAGAUUUUCUAUGUUUAAAUCCCAGUUGCAGUAAACUUGUUCAGGAAAACCACCAGGCACUAAUACUUACAAUAAGUAAACCUGUUCUUCUUAACAUUUCAGUAAAGUUAAUUAUGUAUCAACAGUUGGCGGUUUUAUACUAAAACAUUCUUUUUGAUUAAGAUGACGAUUUAUUUUUUAAACUGCAAUAUUUUGUUGUGUAUUAUUAAAUAGUAUGAGAUUAUGAAAU